AUGUCUGUAAAACAAAGUGAACUUCUGGACUUGUACGAGACAGGAAAGAAAUUAGGUUACCAGAAAGAAGAACUUGAAGAAUGGGUUGCCAGAGCUAUCCGGCAAAAUGAAGAAAGGGACGCAAGAGCAGAGGAGAGAAGAGAAAAGUUCAGAAUGCAGGAAGAAGAAACACAGUUCAAAAGAAAAAUGGAGGAACUGCAGGUGACAGCAAAAAUCAAGAUGGAGGAACACGAAUCUAAGGCACGAAUUGCAAAGGAGUCCAAAACAGCUGAAGCCAACGACGAACCCAACAUCAGAAAUACAAGGCGCACAAAAAUGCAGAAGUUUGUUGAAGGGACAGACAGAAUGGAUUCAUUCAUCCAUAGGUUUGAAAUGCUGAUGAGGCUGGAAGGCGAAUCCCAGAAAGAAUGGGCCAGAGAACUCCUCAGCCUAGUGGGUGGAAGAGCACUAGAUGCGCUGCAGGUGCUGAAUGACAAGGACGUGGGAGACUACACCUUGCUGAAAAAGACUCUACUAGAGUUUUACCAAUGCAGUGAGGACGACUAUAGAAGUAAAUUCCACGCUCUGAAACCACCGAACGACGGCAACAUGAAACAAUUUGUCGGCGAGGUGAAAGCUACUUUCGAGAAAUGGUUUCAGUCCUCAGGCAUUGAGGAAUCUUUCGAGAACUUGAAACAGUUCAUCAUAGUAGAUAAAAUAAUUUCGUCGGCUGGGGAAAAUCUCUUUGCAUUCCUCCAAGAAAGAAAGCCCAGACAUGUGGACGAAGUCCUGUACCUAUGCCAAAGAUACGUUGCUGCUCAUCCUGGCGAAAGUUUGCAAAAAGCUCCUGUGGAUCAAGCAAGUGCAUUGUUUGCCACAACGGAAUCCAAAUUUACAGAAUCUAGUACAACAGAUUCAAGACAGAGUACAAGAUGCUAUACAUGUGGUAGAUUUGGACACGUGGUGAAACAAUGUAGAGACACAGGCAGAAAAAUGUAUAAGAAAAAGGAAGUAGUGGCUUAUGUAGGCGGGCUAGAUAACAACCUGUCACCAUAUGUCAGCCCUGCAAUCGUGAAUGGCCAUUACAUCCAGGCAGCCCUAAGAGAUACAGGGGCCACAAAAUGUGUGGUGUUGGCAAAGUUGGUGAAUCCUAAUCAAUAUUGUAGGAAACGUUGCAGACUUCAAGGUUUUGGUGGCCACAUUAAGGAGUAUCCGACAGCCAAAGUACAUAUCAACUCCCCAUACUUCAACGAAAUGGUGGAAGUAAUAGUGGUGGAUGAAGGACCAUUUGAACUGCUGAUAGAAAAUGUUCCUAACAUUGGUUUUCCAACAGAGUCUCAAAUUACCAAAUGGAAAGAAACUUAUAGCUGGUGGCCAAGACAAGUAGAGGAUAUGGAACAACUAAACCGAUGUCAUGAAAAUACAAAUGUAGUACAAGAAACGAUACAACAAGUAGAAACCAGGCAACAAAAACUAAUCCGAGAACAAAGAAAUGAUAAGAAAGAUACUGACCAGAUAGAUGAGAAACCUAAACUUUCAGUUGACUUUUUCUGUAAUCCAUUUCAAAACGGCCUACCAUCAAUAGCUGACCUUCGUGAUAGCCAGAUGAAUGACAUGGAAAUAGCCAACAUCAUCCACAAGCUACAAGGUGGCGAUACAAAAAUAGGCCAACAAUAUGCCAUGCAUAAUGACAUUCUUGUUAGAAAGUGGACAGAAAAAUCAUCACUUAAUGGCAGCACUGACGAACAGACCCUUAAAAUUGUAAUACCUAAUGUGUUCCGGUCUGAAAUAUUAAGGCUUGGUCAUGACAUCCCUAUGUCCGGACACUUAGGGAUUGACAAAACACGGCGACGCAUAUACAAACAUUUCUACUGGCCAGGCAUUAACAGAGAAAUAGCUGAGUACUGCAGAUCAUGUCAUGCCUGCCAAAUCACGGGAAAGCCUAAUCAAUCGCCUCCAAAAGCGCCUCUUCAAGAGAAUAUAACACCAAAAGAACCAUUUUCACACAUCCUUAUGGACUGUGUUGGUCCAUUGCCAAGGUCAAAACGAGGGAACCAGUACCUUCUUACCAUAAUGUGCAAGACUACGCGCUAUCCAGAGGCAGUACCUUUGAGAAACAUCAAGGCAACAACCAUUGUGACAGCAUUGUCAAAAUUUAUCACAACGUUCGGGUUGCCAAAGGUUAUACAGAUCAAGGCAGCAAUUUUAUGUCAGACAUCUUCCAACAGGCACUUCGUCAGAUGGGAAUUGAACACUCGGUUUCAACGGCAUAUCAUCCCGAAAGCCAGGGUGCCAUCGAACGCUUUCACCAAACACUGA